CCAGCGGUUAGGAGCGACACUAAAUCAAGUGGGAAUGAAACUCGUUGAAACAACGCUAGACAUGGUAACGGAUCCAUGACUGUGCUUCUGUUAUUAUCAACGCCAGUAACGGUUAAACCUAUUGCAUGUGUCGAAAUGAAGGACGAGAAGAGUAACUCUAUAUUGCCCACUGAAGCGACUCGAUUGAGACCAAGAUUGGAAAGUUUCGAUGAUGUUCUGCCGUAUGUCGGUGACUACGGGAGAUAUCAAUGGCUGUUGUUAUUGUCGUUACUACCUUAUGGCGCGACGUACGCGUUUCUGUAUUUCUCGCAAUUUUUCAUUACGAUUAUUCCCACGGAACACUGGUGCAGGAUAGACGAAUUAGUAAACUCGAAUUUCACCGAAGAAGAGAGGAUUAAGAUAGCGAUUCCAGUGACGAACGUUUAUCCUUAUUACGAACAAUGUCAACGGAAGGACGUAAACUUCACAGAGCUGUUGAAGAGCGAUAAGAGCCUGAGCUCAUCGGGCUUCCAAACAAACAAAACGAUAAAAUGUACUCAAUGGGAGUAUAAUUUUACGCAGAUUCCAUAUCCUAGUAUAGGAACUGAGCUAGAUUGGGUAUGCGACCGAGAAUACCUCGUAUCAACGGCGCAGGCCAUCUUCUUCUGCGGAUCCAUCAUCGGUGGUUUCCUAGUCGGUUGGAUCGCCGAUCACAAGGGUCGUAUCCCAGCUUUAAUGUUCUGCAAUGGUAUCGCCCUUUUUGCCUCCAUUUUCACUGCCAGCGCAAAUAGUUUUUGGUCAUUCGCCGUCUGUAGGUUUCUCACUGGACUGGCGUUCGAUAACUGUAUCAACAUUCCUCUGAUUAUCGGUAAGCCUUCUACGAAGUACUACAACUACAUCGCAGUGGCCAGUACAAUUUUACCAUGGAUAGCCUAUUAUAUCGCAAACCGGAGAUAUUUUACUUACGUUACUGCCAUACCGCUGUUAUCUGUCGCUAUCACACCGUGGAUUCUUCCCGAGAACGCCCGCUGGUACGUUUCCAACGGGAUGAUGGACAAGGUUGUUGAGAAACUACGGAGAAUAGCUAGGAUCAAUCGUAGAAAUCCAGACUCGCGUAUUUACGAUAUAUUAGUUAGUAACAUGGAGGCACCGGACAAAAUUCAAGAAUCAGCGACGCUGCUCGAUCUGUUCAAAACGCCACGGUUGGCGAGAAACACUAUUCUUCUAGUUGCAUUCUGGUGUUUUACCCUGAUCUCGUUCGACGAUCACGUGUAUUCAUUAAAACUUAUCCAGAGCUCGGUGUUCGUGUCGUUCUCGAUCGCCUGUGCCACAGAACUUCCAGCUGGGUUAUUACUCGCCCUGUUGCUCGACCGAUGGGGUCGUAGACUCUGCGGAUUUCUCACGAUGGCAAUGACCUGUGUACUCAGUAUCGCUGAACUUAUGCUGCAUUCCAUGCUCGCGAAAUUAGUAAUGUCAAUAUUGUCGCGAUUCUGUCUGAACAUGGCAGCUAAUGUUGGUCUUCAGUAUGCAGCAGAACUUCUGCCCACGCCAGUCAGAUCGCAGGGCGUAUCUUUCAUUCAUAUUUUCGGAAUAGUUGCACACUCUUUGGCGCCAUAUAUCACUGACUCGGCUGCAAUUUGGGAGGGAUUUCCAAUGCUCAUUAUCAGCACGGUGUCCUUUUUUGGCGCUGCACUGGUUUUGUUCUUGCCGGAAACUGUCGGCCAGAAUCUUCCUCAGACUAUCAAGCAAGGCGAAGAAUUCGGAAGGGACCAACAUUUCUGGUCGUUGCCUUGCUACCAUAAGACACACUUCAAUGGACAUCAACACUAUCACUCCUGUGAACGAUAAUUAUCUGAUUUUUAAUAAUAAUUCAAUUAAAAAACACGAAGGAGGAUUCGUGUUUUUUUAGAAGUAACAAUAUUACAAGCGGAUCAGUCUGACGAUUUUUGUACGAGAAAAAAUCGGAACAUAUUAUUUUUCUAUUCUCCUACAUUAAUUUUUAUUUUUAUCGUUUACGUUUAAGAAUUUGUAAGCCUUAAUUCUAAAAAGAGCGAGCUUAGAAAUCGUGUUCCUAUAUAAUUUUUAUUAUUAUCUUUUAAGAGCUUUUAUAAUUUUAAUGCUAAUUUUCACUUGCGUUACGCACGUUCGAAUCGUUCAGCGGUUGGUGCUAAUUUGAUAUUCAAAGAUAUUACGUAGAAUAAUAUCGAAAAUGUUACGUAAAUUAAUAAUUACGUAAUUUAUUAAUUACGUAAAUAAUAAAUUAGGGAGAUUUAAAUUUUUGAUUCCUUUAAUGUUUUUAACAUUUUUUACUGGAAUAUAUUGGACAAAAUCUUAUUUAAAAAAAUAGUACGUUUAGAUAAUUUUUCUUUGUGAAAAGAAACAGUUUUAUAUCUUUUGAACGAUUAUCCACGUAUUUUUAACGAUUAUUUAUCUAUUCGUUAUAUUUUUUGUACGAUUUUAAAUAACGUACAAUAUUAAUAAAAUCCAAGCUUGAAGACUUUUUAAAUUAUUGUUAUAAUUUCUUCAGCACCAACUGCUGGACUUUUAUCUAUCUAAAACGAGUUGUACGUACAUUAAAAAAAAAAUAACUCUAAUUGACUGUUUCUAUGGUUUAGGAAGAAGAAAAAAAGAAAGGAAAGAAUAUUGUAAGCAAAUCGUGCCAUCGUAUGACGAUCAGUGUUCGUCGUUGUGCCAAUAACAACGCAAUCAAUCUGAAGAAACCUAUUCAUAGUAUUCAUAAUCAUCACUCACGUAUAUAUUCGCGUAUA